AUGACGUGGAAUCUGUGGCUGCUCUGCUUGUUCCUGAGCUCCUCCUGGACCGAGGCUCGGAUCUGGGCCUGGAUGCUCAACAUGCCCCACAGCCCCCCCAAAGAAGGAACCAAAGCCGCCAUGGAAAGCCCGGCGCCCGUCGCCAGAGCUCUCACGGCGGCGUGCGACCAGGACAGGGCCUGUGGCCGAGGCUUCUCCUGCGACCGCCACUUCGGGCUGUGCGUGCCGCUGCGAGGGGAGGGCCAGUACUGCCGCCGGGACGCGCAGUGCGUCCGCGGACUCAGCUGCAUGUUUGGGAAAUGCCACCGCAGCAUCCCCAACGGACACGAGGGAGCCAGGUGCAAGCUGGACAGGGACUGCGGGCCGUCCAUGUGCUGCGCCCGCCAUCACGGCGAGCUGGUGUGCAAGAGGCGGCUGGUCCGGGGCGACGGCUGCUACGUGCCCGACGGCGGCCUGGCCUUCAGCAUCAACCAGAUCUGUCCGUGUGACGAGGGCUUGCUGUGUCGGGAAAACAGCGGCGCACAUCGGAGAGAGUGA